AAGUAGUCUGAUUUGACUCAUCAACUUCACAGGUUAUCCAUAGAACACUUUUUUGAUCCUUCUUCUGUAGCUAACGAGACAAAAUGACUUGCAAGCGCAGAAACGGUGGACGUGCUAAGCAUGGCAGAGGCCAUGUGAAUCCAGUUCGUUGUACCAAUUGUGCACGAUGCGUACCAAAGGAUAAGGCAAUUAAGAAGUUUGUUAUCCGAAACAUUGUAGAAGCAGCUGCUGUCAGAGAUAUAACAGAAGCUAGUUUUUAUUCGGCAUACCAGCUUCCAAAAUUAUAUGCCAAGUUACACUACUGUGUUUCUUGUGCUAUUCACUCUAAAGUAGUUCGCAAUAGAUCUAAAGCGAACCGCCGUAUUAGAACUCCACCAGUCCGUAAUUUCCCUAGGGAUUUACGCCAGGGCCAGCAAAACAGGAAGUAAUAUACUAUGUAAUUUUUAAAUAAAAAUAAAGAACAAAAUCAAUAUCA